AUGGCGUUUCGGUCGCGCGGCGUGCUGCUGCUAAGCAUAUGCGCGGGCGCCUACGCGCAAAACAGCACGGCUCCGGAGCAAGUCAUUGACCCGGCCUGGGCCGAGUACGAUGCCUCGUUUGCGCAGUUCCUCCCGCCCAUCUUUCGCGUGAUCCUCAUGAUGGCGCUGGGGAUCGCCGGAUUCGGCGCCGAUCUGCACAUCCUACAGCGCUGGGGCAUGAACCUGUGGAACGCGUCGGGGCCCACGCGGCUUCCGCUGCACCGCGCCACGCUUGACCCUGUUUCGCUCCGCGACGCCGCAAAGGAAAGUGGGGGGCAGGCACUCUAUAUCCUCUCCGCGGCGCAUAUCGCAUGGGUGUUUGUCUGCUGGGCCUUGUACCGCCUUAGCAUCGAUCCUCUCGGCGGGGGGCGCACGCUCAUUGCGCAGGGUUGGGAGGUCGUCGCGCUCCUCGGCCUCGUGGCUUUGUGGAUGAUCCCUGGGCCAUUUUGGGCCGUGCAACGCGCCUUGAUGCGCCUCGCAUCGCGCCUAUUCACACCGUCGCUGCAGCAGACGAUACAGUUUUCAGACGUGAUUGCGGCGGAUAUCCUCACGUCUUUUGCCAAGGUCCUCGGCGACGUUUGGCUCUCGCUCGUCAUUCUCUUGUACUCGGUGUAUGGCAUUGCGGUCGACGAGCGCGUGCUCUGGGCACAGCAGUCGAGCAUCGCAGUCCCGCUGCUCAUCAGCCUGCCUUACCUGAUUCGCUUCCGCCAGUGCUUGUCGGAAUACCGCACUUCCUCGCCGCUCGGGCGCCAGACGCGCUCGACGCGGUCACUGUACAAUGCGCUCAAGUACGCAUCGGCCUUUCCUGUAAUUUGGCUGAGCGCUUGGCAGCGCAAGACUCCUGAUACCCAAGUGCCGGGUGAGCCGAAUCACCACGCACUCUACGUCAGCAUGCACGGCAUGAUCCAGGUUCUGUGGCUCGCUGCGGUGCUAUUCAACACACUCUUUUCAUUCUGGUGGGACAUUACCAACGACUGGGGCCUGGAUCUUUUGCUCCCGUCGACGUUUAUGGGGCUGCUCCGAGGACAGUCGCCGCAUCUGCCAGCGCUGCACCGCCGCGCCGAGUCGCGGACGAAUAUCUUGCAAGCGGACGACACAGACGAGGCAGUCGAGAUGGAACCACGAAGCUCGCAUGCACGCCGUGGGAGCAUGCUGCGGCUGCCGGAGAAACCGUUGCCAUUGCCGACCGCUGUGUAUUAUGUGUUCAUUGCUAUUAAUCUCGUGCUGCGCUUCACGUGGUCGCUCAAGCUCAGCUCCCACCUGCAAUAUUUGGUGGAGUGGCAGCGUGGUCUGCUCAUGCUCGAGGCGCUAGAACUCGUACGCAGAAGCGCAUGGGUACUGCUACGCGUCGAGUGGGAGCUCGUCAAACGCGAAGGUGUAUAG